AACUUCCGCUCUGCUCCGACCGACCUGAAGCAGCCAUGGGGUUUCGACCGUAGGGGAGGGUAGUUUUUAUUGAACAACUUAGCAGUUUACCCUUCAUUUUGAAUCUAACCAAUUAAUGUUAAUCGCGAGUUUAAAGUUACUGAUUAAGAUGAAUAUUAUUCCCCCAUCAAAGCGUACUGCGUUUGGAAUCAUGAGUGUUUCUUUGCUUCAUCAAAAUGGAGUCGCGGAUCCUUUCGGAGCAGAGGACUCAGCCCAGUUUAUCCGGGACUCAGCCCAGUUCAACCGGGCCUCGGCCUUGGACUCUCGGAACAGCAAUCCACAGCACCGACCCAACAAUCUGGGAGUGAAAGCAAAAAACGAGCACUUACCCAAAAGCCUUCAGGAGGACCGGGAUGAGGCGGACGCGGACGGCUCUCUGCCCUGUACGCCGGAGUUCCAGUCCCUGGAGCCGGACGUGCCCAGCUGCCCGGCGGGACAUGAAGUCCUGGAGGCCGACACAAGGCAGCUUAUUAUCGGCUUCCUCAAAGUCUUUACAGGAGUUUCGAAACCUCGGUGGAGUCAAAACGAAGCACUAUCAACAAUGAAAAGAGUUGUGGAGGACCUUUUGGAAAAACACAGAUACGCAUACAAUGGUAUGAUCAACAAAUUGUCAUUGGAUGACAGAGGAGAUGAUAUGAGGUUCGUAAGUGCAGUAGCAACAAGUCUCUUUGAAGAUGGGACCACGAACUGGGGUCGUGUUGCCAGCCUGGUGGCCUUCGGGGCAGUGGUGUGUCAGUAUCUUAAGAAGAAAGGCAGGGAAAACUGUGUGGAGCUGGUGGGAGAAGAGAUUUCAGCAUAUCUGCUGUCUGAUCAGCGAGACUGGCUGCUCAAAAACAACUCCUGGGACGGCUUUGUAGAGUUCUUCCGAGUAUCAGACCCAGAAUCAACAGUGAGGAACACACUGAUGACCGUGGCUGGAUUAGCUGGUAUUGGGGCAACACUGGCCAUGUUAAUCAGGUGAAUUUCUUGGACUGUCUAAGACUGAUUUGUCUGACCAAGAUUGGGACUUCAUCUUGUUUUAUCAGCGCAUUUCCAUCGUGGGUUUGGACUUCACAGAACGGAAAUGAAAGAAUCACUCUUUCUCGGUGGUACACUUCCAACUCUGAGCCCUUGAUAAGAACUUUUUUUUUGUGGAUAUAUGAGAAAACGGAGAUGGACAUCAGUUUCCAACAGUCAACAUUCAAUUAGGUUGUAUUUAAUUUACAAAGGAAUUUAUUUUUUUAUUAAAUGUCAAAAAUGUCUCUAUGCAAAUUAAAACUUUCUUAGGCUGUCAGUUGACCUGAUAUCUGCUCUUGAUUCUGUUUACUUUGAGAUCACACAUAUUUUAAGGCUUGGCUGUAUUGAUAAGCUGGCCCCAAAGCAUUAAGGAAAGGCUGCACCCCCCAUGCAGGCCUGAAGCCCAUUUCCAUAAAGUCUGCGCAUAAGCCCUGGAUCCUUUGUGCACUAACUCCAGCCCUGUCAGAGGAGGUGGUGGGUGGAUUUGCAUGUGUUGCUCCACUUCCUUGUUCCUGUACGUACUUGGCAGUAGCAGAAAAGAGCAACCAAAUGCAGCUGAACUAAACAAAGGACUCUAAUGUGGAGCAGUAUAUGAUCCAAGAAAUUAUUCAAAGCUACAAAUAAGUGAGGAAGGCUAUCUAUCAAAUAUGUUUCAAAUGAGAACACUUAAAAUGAUUGAUGGUAAUGAUCCAGUUGUAAGCUAAUAUUAUAUGUACAGCAAUUAAGAAUUUUGUUCAUAGUUAAUAAAACAACAUAAUUUGCAUGGUUUGA